GGCCGGGGCUCCCCGGACCCCCGGACCCCCGCUCGAGGAGGAGAAGGAGGAGGAGAAGCCCGGACCCCCCGCCCCCCGGCCCCGAGCAGAUGAUGGCGAUACGAGAGCUGAAAGUCUGUCUUCUCGGGGAUACUGGGGUUGGGAAAUCGAGUAUAGUUUGCCGAUUCGUCCAGGAUCACUUUGACCAUAACAUCAGCCCUACGAUUGGAGCUUCUUUUAUGACCAAAACAGUGACCUGUGGGAAUGAGCUUCAUAAAUUCCUCAUCUGGGAUACAGCUGGUCAGGAGCGGUUUCACUCGUUGGCACCCAUGUACUACCGAGGAUCAGCCGCAGCUGUUAUAGUCUAUGAUAUCACCAAGCAGGAUUCAUUUCAUACUUUGAAGAAAUGGGUCAAGGAAUUGAAAGAACAUGGUCCAGAAAAUAUUGUAAUGGCUAUUGCUGGAAACAAGUGUGAUCUCUCAGAUAUAAGGGAGGUUCCUAUGAAGGACGCUAGGGAAUAUGCAGAAUCCAUAGGGGCCAUCGUGGUGGAGACCAGCGCAAAGAAUGCUAUAAACAUUGAGGAACUCUUCCAAGGAAUCAGUCGCCAGAUCCCACCCUUGGAUCCUCAUGAAAAUGGCAACAAUGGAACAAUCCGCCUGGGGAAGCCGACGAUGCAGACCAAUCGCCGGUGCUGCUGACUCCACCUGCUCCGGCCAGAUGCCCUUGAAGAACCGACAUAACUGUUCCCCCUCCCUGGGACUCAGUAACCUGUUUUGGGAAGGCUCUGAAUCCCAGCCCGGCCUCAGGAGAAACAUGCAGGCAAGAAGAGCAGAAGCCAUCCCUGGAUGGGGUUUCGUGUAAACUCUCCGUCAUCCUGCCAGAUUACUGAAUUAUACUAUACCAAGUUCUCUUUUUAAAAAACAAAACAAAACAGUGGCUUUUAUUUUGGGGGUUAGGCGGGAGGAAAGAUGUUUUAGAGAUAUUCUGUGAAAUCCCUCCAACUUGAAAAUUUCAUAGGAAAGCAGUCGCAUUUCUGCUUUCUCAUUUGAAUGGAGAAAGGGGGCCGAGGAUAAGGUGAGGUCUGAACCUUAAACUCUCAGACAGGAUAUUUUUCUCAUGUUCUGGCUUCAUCUAAAUGCUUUGGUGCCAUUCCUCUGCAGGAGUUUCAAGUAGUCUCCAGCAAGAGCUGAAUUAAAGUCGAUAGCUAAUUUUUCAGGUACUGGACGGCUUCAAGAUCGAAGCUCCACAUGCCACGUUUCUUGCAGUGCAGGAAGAAGUGUUAUUGAACUAUCAUCCAAAUUCCAGACUCAGGAAAAUCAAUGAAAGGGCAGAGAGAUGGGGAGAAAAAGACGCAUUGGAAAUCAUUGCCUGGAAUCCCUGGAAUCUAUUGCCUUAUCAGCAGGGAAACAGGUACUGCCUUUGAUCCUGCACAUCUUGGUUCCCCAAAAGCCCACGAUGUAAAUUCAGCAGCCAACCUGAGAAAGAUCCACCCAGGAGAUAAUAAUAAAGAUAAUAAUUAUGGUAUUGUAUAGUGCUUACUAUUUUCAAAGGACUGUACUAAGUGUGGGUAGAGACAAGUCCUUGUCCCUCAAGGGGCUCACAGUUUUGUUGGGGGGAGAUGGGAAAGAACGGGUAUUGGAUCUCCAUUUUACACAUAAGGAAACUGAGGCACAGAGAAGUUAAUUGACUUGUCUAAAGUCACAUAGCAGGCAGGUGGCAGAGCCGGGAUUCAAACCCAAGUCCUCUGAUUCCCAGGCCUGUGCUCUUUCCAUUAGGUCUCAGUGCCCAGAGGAGGGUUGGAGGGAUUGGGUUCUGAAGAUGGAGAUCAAGGAGUUGGGAUGUAAGAUGUGUAGGCCGGAGGUGCCAUGGGGCAUCGGUGCUCUUUUAGGAAAGGGAGAGCAGAUGCUCAAAAGACUCCUUUGGGCCUCUUCUGGUGCUUGCCAACUCUUGGUUUUCAGGAAUGCACUGGGCUUGCAUGACAUUCUCCCACAGAGGGGGCCCAAACUUGUGUUAGAACCUGUUCAAAAAAGAAUUGGGGAAAUUUGAGAACCAGCUCUGGGCCCAGUGUCCUCCAGGUGAGGCAGAAGACCAUAAGCUCCUCAUGGGUGAGGGAUCAUGGCUCAUCCAGCUCUGUAUAUUGAACUCCUCCAAGCACAUAGUACAGUGCUCUGCAGAUAGUAAGCACUCAAAAAAUACCAUUGAUUGAGGCAAGAUUGAUUGAUUGAGGCAACUAGGAGUCCCAAGAGUUUUGAAACCAGAGAAAACACUGAAACAGCUACACUGUGACCUCCACCGAGAACGGGCCUUGAGGAAUGCACUCCCUGGGAGAUGUUUUUCCUUGAUCUCUCUGCCUCCGAUUAGGCUACUGCUACUAAGCGACUAAGCAAUCAUCUGAAUCAGGUGGACAGGGAGGAGUGGGGACAAAGAGGUCUCCUGUCUCUUCCUCCCACUCACCUCUGCAACCUCCAAAUCCAAAUCUUGUGCUCACUCCAACUUUUUUAAUUCCUCGUGUUCUAGAAGGGGCCAACCUGAUAGGGUUUCCUUCAGGUGGGGGAGAAAGCUUUAGAAUCUUCAAUGCAGUGCUCAUUUGAGAUCCAGGGAUAAGGUAAGGGGAACCAGGCCUAGGGAAUGCCAGCUAGCAUUCAGGAAAGAAAUGAGGGCUGGGGGGAAAAUCAGAGUCUUUUCAAACUGUUUUUAAACCAUAAAAGUACUGCUUAUAGCCCGAAUAUAUGACUGCAAAACCAUUCAUGGUGCAGUCAUGAGAGAAAAGUAUUUCCCACCUGAAGGUGGUUUAUAAAUUCUUUCCCAGCUGCCAGUCACCUGGAGAGUCGCAGACCUGCUAGUUGAAAGAAAAACUUGCCUCCAGAGCUAGUUCUUUGGCAAGGAAGCCACGCAGCAAAUCGCUGUGGAGCUAUCACUCUCUUUUGAGCUGAAGGAACUCCAAAUUGCUUCAGCAGCAGGAGUUAGCAUUCCAGAAGGGAUCACUGUGAAUCUCACUACAAGUCCUUCUUGUUGGCUGUGUGGUGUUAAGCAGGCUGAUUGCCAAAAAAAUGACCAGACCCAGCAUGAAUACUUCUUAAAUGGAGGUGAUCAACCCAUCUGGGGUAAGUCAGUCAGUCGAUCAGUCAUUUGUGUUUAUCGAGUGCUUACUGUGUGCAGAGCACCAUACUAAGCACUUGGGA